AUGGAAUAUUCUCUAGGAACCCUCUUGGCACAAAAUGACGAUGCGGGCCACGAGCAAGACAUCUACUACCUGAGCAGAACCUUACAAGGUGCCGAACAGCGGUACCCAAUGAUCAAAAAGGAAUGCCUGGCCUUAGUGUUCGCUAUCCAAAAGAUGCGGCACUACCUGGUUGGCCAGACAAUUCAUGUUAUUUCCCGGAUGAACCCCAUCCGAGUGUUCAUGACACAACCGGCAGCGUUGAAUUGGCAUUUGGCCAGGUGGGCACUCCUACUGUCUCAGUAUGACAUCCAUUUUAUGCCACAAAAGUCGGUCAAGGGGCAGGCCAUCUGCGAUCUUAUGGCUAGUCACCAGCUGGGGGCGAAGACCGACCUAUUUGAAGAUCUGCCAGAUGAAUCCCCUGAAGCCAAUGUGACUUCAUCACCAGAGGUGUGGCAGAUGUUCUUCAACGGCGCAUCUCAUGUAGGCAUGAGCGGUUCUAUUAUUGUAGGAGUCGGGGUGGUCCUCACCUCUCCGCACGGCCAUGUGUUACCCCGAGCCUUUUCUUUGACAGAACCGUGCACCAACAACGUGGCUGAGUACAACGAGUUAAUCAUAGGGCUCGAGUUGGCCAAAGAGUUAGGGAUAAAGCAUCUUGAGGCUUACGGCGACUACCAACUCAUCGUUAAGCAAAUGACUGGCUAA